UAAAACCAUAAUACUCCAUGUUAUGCUACUGACCCAUUAUUUAUUUCCUUUCAUUCACACAUUUUGGUUUUGCAACCUUUCUUCAUAUAACUGAGAUCAAAUUUCAGAGCGCAUUUGAUAUUCAUCUUUUGAUAAGAAGAGUGAAGAGUGAAUUUUUAAAAGGUCACGCCAUCUAUAUGGAAAAGAAAACUUCUCGCUCAGUGAUAUCAACUAUGCAUUAAAAGCUCUGACGCUGCCUUUCAAGAAAGCUCAAUCGGAAUAUUGUUGCGGAUACAACGACAAAAAAAACCUUAAAAGGGAACUUUCAGAUAUUUCUAUAAAAAGAUUAGCGUUUUUUCUUCAACUAUGAUUAUACCUAUAACGAACAUUUCAGAAAAAUAUAUCAUUUCAUUAAUUCUAGAGGCGAGGUUUGCUGCAUGCUUAUAAUAAAUGGCUUUCUUUCUCCGGCGUUGAAGACUAGCUUUUCUGCCAAAGUUGAGGGUCUUUCAAUCAUCACAUUAACAGUUGGAUUUAACCAAACGUAAAGAAUGGAGUUUGAGGAUAUACUUUUAGAAGUUGGUGACUACGGAAAGUACCAAAAGAACUUGAUUUUGAUCUUCCUUGUGCCAGCAGCAUCCUUGCUCCCAUGGUUUUCCAUGAAUAUUAUGUUUAUGGUGUCCGCUCCCGAACAUUGGUGUUAUGUUCCAGAAGUAGCUGCGUCUAAUAUCAGCAUUUCCCUUCAAAGAUCUCUAAUAAGUCCACCUGACAGUCCAUCUUGUUAUAUGUAUGACAUUAAUCACACAGAAUAUUUAACUGCCGGUAUCUACGAAGUGCCCAAUGAUACAACAGCAAGACCUUGUAGUCAAGGUUGGCAGUAUGACAAAACCUACUUUGAUUCAACAACUGUCACUCAGUGGGACUUGGUUUGUAACGACGAUCAUUACAAAAGCUUCAUUCUUACUAUGUUCAGUGUUGGAAGUAUAAUUGGAACCCCAAUAUACGGAGCGCUGUCAGAUAGGAUUGGUCGAAAAAUAACAUUUUUCAUUGCCAUUCUCGUCACAGCCGUGACAGCUAUAGCUUCUAUACUGACGACCAAUUUCACUGCAUUUGUGGUAAUUAAAACCAUAAAUGGUAGUCUGAUGCCUUCUGUGUUCCAACUUCCUUAUAUCAUAGUACUGGAGAUUGUAUCUCCGGAGAUGAGAACUCGUAUGAAUGGAAUCAUAAACAGUGCUUGGACAUUCGGUUUAUGCUUCGUGCCGUUACUCGCCUAUUUAUCCCGAAGUUGGACCAUUCUGGGGUGGGUCACCUCAUCAGUGACCUUAAUAUAUUUGUUUUAUUGGAAAUACCUUCCAGAAUCUCCUCGAUGGUUAGUUUCUCAAGAAAGAUAUGAAGAAGCACUGGUUAUCAUGCAUAGAAUUGCAGCUAAAAAUGGAAAUGCUCAAGAUAAGAAUAUUCUUUUGCAAAAACUACAGAAACUAGGAGAAAAGAUCAAGAAAGAAAAGGAAGAUGACGGAAUGAAAAACUCUGCGCAUGAUCUCUUGAAAUAUCCUCAACUUCGGAAGAAAUUUAUCAUCAUAACGUUUUGCUGGGUAGCCGAUCUCAUGGCUUAUUAUGGUCUCCAGAUGAACGUAUCUAAUUUAGCGGGCAAUGAGUUUAUCAACUUUUUCUUGCUGGCUGUGGUCGAAUUUCCCGGCUAUUUGACAAGCUGGGUGUUUAUGGAACGUUUUGGAAGGCGGUGGUGCUCAGUUGGUGGUUUUAUGCUCACUGGCCUUAUAUGCAUGCUACCUUCUGUAGAGUUCCCAUAUGGAGAUGUUGUAUGUUCUUUGAUUGGUAAAUACUUUGCUGCAGCUACUUUUAUGGCAACAUAUCAACAGAGUUCAGAACUUUAUCCUACUGUGGUUCGAUCCUUGGGCAUGGGCUUGAGCAGUACUGUUGCUUUCGGUGCCACUUUGAUCGUGCCUUAUCUCGUUUAUCUUAGUGUGUAUGGAAAGGCGAUCCCGUUCCUGGUAAUUGGAAUGUCCUGCAUCAUUGCUGGAAUCAUGGCAUCAUUCUUACCAGAGACACUCAAUGAGAAUUUACCCCAGACGAUACUUGAUGCAGAAGAGUUUGGCAAGAAACAGAAAUUCUUAUCUUGGAAUAGGCGUAGGAUGUCAAUUAGUCGAGAGCGGGCUACAUCUUCAAUAAGAGCCCAAACACUGGAGGAUGUGCAUAAGAGGGAGGAAAACAAUGUAAAUCUUCAUCAGGCGGUAAGAGUCCUCCAGAAUAGGGAUUUAUUUAUUAUCAGCGACAGCUAUGUUGCAAUGACAGACGCAGAAAAUACUCUGGGUGAUGGAUCAGACAGCUUGAGGAACUGAAGAAAUUCUCAAUAUGUAACCAAAGCUCAUUCUGCUUGGUUAUACAAUCAUCUGUCAUCAAUUCUAACUCAGCCGAAGGCCAUACUCAAAUUUCUGAGAAUAGCAAAAAGAUCAGAAAGAUAUUAAUAUGAGAGAAGAACACAAAGAUAGCAUACCUAUUGAGAAAAAAGAUAGCAAAGAAUGAAGCAAACUCACUCUAGAUGCAUUAACAGUUAUUACAUGUUCGUUUAUUUAAAUACUCUUGUAUAUAAGAUACCCGUCACAAAAAAAAAAAAAAAAAAAAAAAAAAAAAAAAAAAAAAAAAAAAAA